UACAAGGGAAAGCGUUGAGCCAGUGAAUGCAGAUAAAAAUGCAAAAAAAUCUUACAUUGAUUUAACCAAAUGUUUGGUUCACGUCAGAGCAAGGUGGACUGUCUGACAGGUUAAACAUCUAAUAGCCGUAUUAUGUGCUGUGCAUGCAAUUGCAGCGCCAGCGUCGCUGAAACUAUAAAGGCAAUCAGAUCAUAAACCUGCUCUGUACACUUUUCAUUUCGUUGAUAUUUUCAACUAAAAACUAUAUUUUAAUUUCCAAAGGCCAGAAAUUACAGCGAUAUUUUUCUUCUUCAAUUUUGUUUUGUUCAUCAAUAACAAAUUGAUUGGAUUUUAGCGGAGUGAUCAUCACUGCUAUUUUGGAUAACAUUGAAUGAGGAAUGGCUUUGAUGAGGCGUUUGAGUGCUGGUCGGUGUGGGAAUUAAAUGAGCUGCAGUGGGCGCCGCUUUUGAAAUGCUGUUGUAGGUGUCGCUGUUGUCCACAGUUAAGCUCAAAUACAAACGAUUGUGGAUCAUGUGAUGUACGGGGGAGGGUAGUGCUUCAUGGCCAUUUUCAAAUUCCAUUGGCCCAGUAGUCAUGUGGUUCUACAGAGGCAUCCACAAUUACACGGGGAAUGUUUUGUUAGAGAUGUCAGCUUACAAAGGACAUCAUCUGCCUCCUUCAAAUUACUCUCAAAUGUCCUGCCCCAACAGCUCUCCCGCUACGAACUCGUUUUUAGUAGAUUCCCUGCUCAGUGCUUGUCGGGGUGACGGUUUCUAUUCAAGUACUUCUAUGUACAUGCCAUCGAGCACGGAUAUGGGAACUUACGGAAUGCAGACCUGUGGACUGCUCCCGACCAUGACUAAACGAGGAGAGGUUAGCCAUCAAAAUAUGAGCAUCAGCGUUCAUCCGUAUAUAUCUCAGGUAGAUGGCUGGCCUGACCCUUCCAGGCCAUGCCGAAUUGAACAACCUGUUAGUCCACAGAUGCCCACGUGCUCCUUCCCUGCUAGCAUAAAGGAGGAAAGCACUUGCUGCAUGUAUAAUUCAGAUAAACGCGCAAAACUCAACCCGACCGCAAUCCCUACCUAUCCCAGAUUGGUGCCCGAAAACUGUUCGAUUGAAAAUCCUGAGAUCCCUAUCCCGGGAUAUUUCAGACUCUGUCAGGCUUAUCCAUUGGAGAAAAGCCUAGAUUAUAAUCAAGCUGUGGAGAUCCGUUCAAAUGUGAUGCCGCAGUCAAACCUAGGGCUUAUCAGUAAACUCCAGGUAUCCAACCAGACACUAAUGGAAGGGAAAAUAAACGAGAAGCCAAACGCACAGGAAUCCAUUAAGGGAAUUUAUGUGGAAACUCCUGAACGAAAGCCGAGUUCAGUGGAGGCCAGUGCACCCGCUGAGGAAGCCGAAUCUAGCUCGGAACUAUCGGAUAACGAGGCUAAAGAAGAGACCAAAACUCCAAUAAGCAACUGGCUAACAGCAAAGAGUGCAAGGAAGAAGAGAUGUCCUUAUACAAAAUAUCAAACACUGGAAUUAGAGAAAGAGUUUUUAUUUAAUAUGUAUCUGACUCGUGAGCGCCGUCUAGAGAUAAGUAAGAGCGUGAAUCUGACCGACAGACAAGUCAAGAUCUGGUUUCAAAAUCGCAGAAUGAAGCUGAAGAAAAUGAACCGGGAGACCCGAAUUCGAGAACUGACCACUAAUCUAACCUUCUCUUGAGUGUGAAGUACUAUUACACUGAGAUCCCAAACAUUUAAUAUUGUAAUGAUUAACUGGAGACUGCAAUCCUUCUCUUUCUCCACUCUGGGAUAUUGUCAACUAUGCUGAUUUCUCCAUUUUAGUGUUAUGGUUGUUUGAAAGUACAAUAGCACGUUUAUCUUAACAAGAAUAUUUUCUGAGAAAUUGCUCUCUCUAACGUGGGACAAACUACUUACUUUGUUUAGUAAGUAGAUUUUAAAUUAUUUGUCAUGUUACAAUUAUUCGUGUAAUUUCGGGAAAGUGCGCCGUACGUCAGAACAUUACAUUUUACAAAAUUAGGAUAUACAGAAAAAUGAAAUUUAUUUAGUGAUUACAAAUCAGACGUGACAAUAUCGUGAAAAAUCGUAACAGAAACAGACAAUUUGAAUUGUUUAUUCUGAAGUUGCUCUUGAACAGUAGUCGCGCAAAAUACCGUGUUAAACUCAUCAGGUCUCUAGAAGAAAUUCUUAGAUCCUUUUGGAGUUUGUGAUGGAGUUGUGAUGCAAAUGUUCAUGUCUAUUUAUAUGCAUGUGUCUGUUGCACGUAUAUAUAUUAUAUAUAUACAUAUAUAUAUAAUUAUAAACAAUAAAUCCUAAAUUAGAUUUCAUUUUCUUCAAUCCAUUUCACAACUUGGGAAGCUUUGCCAAUGGCCACAGGUGAAAUUGUUAAACUAUUCGUGGAUAUUUCAACAAAAUAAUUUAACAACGUCAAUCAUAGUGUUUCUCAUAACAAAUAAAGGUUUGAUAAAUGCAGCUACGCAGAUGUUAACACAGAUGUUAAUGCAGAUAUUAAUUAAAUAGUAUUUCCCUACACAAUACUUUAGAACAUUACGUUUUCGUAACAGGUGGGAGACUCACACUGAAUUGCUAGAUCCUAAAUUAAACACAAAAUCUGCAGUGCGUCUAGUUUGAGACAAGCCGCAAAACUUGUACAUGUAGACAUCAAUUUAUCAAACAUGGCUUAUCGUGCCGUAUAAGAUUAAUUAGGAACUGGCACCAAUAUGGACAGGCAUUUAUUUAACGAACGGCAGGACACUGGGAAUGUCGCGAAUCUGAAAAAAAAGACAGAAAACGUUGGAAAUCGACUGAAACUUUAGCUCGAUUUCCCUCCGCGGAUGCUGUCUGACCUGCUGAGUAUUUCUAGGUUUUCCAGCAUUUCUGUUUUUGUUACAUAUUUAUUCAUGCUUUUUAUUUUGGCAUUGAUUUGUUUGUCAAUAAUACGCCAUACAUUUCGUUUUUCCGUUUGUAGCUAAAUCUACUGAUGCGGCAUAAGCAAGUGAGGUUUAACUUAGUAAUUUUGAUCAAUAACAUUCAAUGUUAAGAUUUUCUGAGGAACUAUUUAGGGGAAAUAGUAACCUGCUUUAUUAACGAAAACAAAACUUUCACAGUUCUGCUUCAUUGUUUAUUUGAGUUUUACUUUAACCAGCAGAUCCAAACUACUUUUUUUAUGACUGCGACCUUGUUGUUAAUAAAUAGACACCUUGCAUUAGUGAUUCCCACGUGCUCAAUACAAACGAUCAUUUUCAGGCUCGAAUGUUAUUUUAUCCGGUACAAAAUGCUAAGAAUAUUUGGUUGCAGUGGGGAUCAAACAUCAUGAAUUCAAUGCUCUGCUCUUUUAGGAUGCGCAGCUUAUCUUGUGACUGCCACCCGCGGCAAUAAAACAAAAUAACUUCAGUAACAUGGUUAGAUCUUCGGUAUCUUUUAGCGCACAGUGUAACGAGUUUCGCAUAGUUCCAUGAGAUUUCUUAAAAGCCAUCCCUUAAUCUAAUUUGCAUAGGCAAGAAACAAAUCAAAGCGUUAGGAGCGGAGAGUGAGCUGAAUGAGGCGGCCAGUCAAUGGUUCAAUUCGGUACAUUAUUGUUUUGUAAUGGAGAAGGCUUAAACUAAUUAAUGAAGAGCGUCAGGAGUCAAGUUAAAUCUGAAUAUACGGAUACACUACUUUCAAAGCCAACCGAGUUCCUACUCUUUGUUAAUAAUUGUACGGAGCUAGCUUUUAAGAAGAAGACAAAAAGACGAAUGUUAUAGCAACAAGUACGCCGUACUUACUGUUAUCUCAACAGUGUAAAAAUCCUUCGAUAAUAUCAUAAACAUUCGUGUCAUAAAGAUUAUAAAGUCGUUUAAGUAAACACACAUUCUGUGUGCCUGCCUUAGGAAAAUCGUGAAGCUUUUAAAAUUACAUUUUGUACAAGGGCAUUGUAAAAACAGAUGUAUGAAUGAAACCAAAUUAAGCACAUCUAAUAGCUCAAUCAAGUCCAAGUUUGAAAUAAAGCGUAGCUCUUACACAAUCAAGAACCGAAAUAUUGCAGGAAUCGUUUAGCAUAAUAAUUGUUUUUAACUUCAGUCCAACAAAUACUAUUUUUGUCUCUCUGAUUAGUUUACAGCAGAGAACAAUUUACACAAUUCGUUUUUAACAACUGUUUUUUUGCUUACAAAGUGAAUUAACACGAAUGCUAUGAAGCUAUAAAUGAUUAAAGUACUUACUUUUCAUUGAUAACAGUUAUAAAUAGAAAAGUAAUUCCCAUUUGGAGUUUAGUAGCAUCCCGAUCCGGGCAAAUGCACCUAUUAUUUAAACAGGGCAUUUUGGUUUUGUCUUCUGUAUCACAUGACAGGAAACUUACAAGAAAAGUAAUCCUUUACCACUGGCGCACUGUUCAGCGGGUAUUUAAGUUGUAAUGCGUUCUUUCAAUGCGAGUUAAUUUGUGAAGGUGGAGAGAUAGUUGAUAAUCAAUCUUAACCACGUUAACUCUGUAAAAGACAAAGUUUUACGUGACUUACUGUAAAAUGGCAAUCAACAAAAAGAGAUGCUUUCUGACGACAUUGCUUCCA